AUGGUCUUGCAAAUUGCUAAACACAUUCGCUGCAUUGACUCUGAGAACACUCCUCCUCCUGCGUGCCUCUCUGCAAAGCCAUUCAAAGUUCCCACCAGUAUCCAGGGUGCCUCUCCCCGCUGCCGAGCUCUCAUUACAGGUGGAGCACACCACCCCAGGCAUGCAAUUGAGCAUGCCAAGAAGCUCAAGUCACAAACUCCGUCCAAGUACCCAAUUAUCCCAGUGCAGGUGAACUUCUCCACUCGUUCUUGUGAUGUCGAGAUGGGGGACUCAUCAACAGCAGAGAACAAGAUUCAAACUUGUGUCAAGAUCGGCUUGAACAAUAAGAUUCAGAUGCCAUCCCAUUUCCGUCCUGUCAUCUUCUACAUGCCAAAGGAGCUUGGUGGCCUUGGAAUGCUUUCGAUGGUUCAUGAUCUCAUCCCGCAGAGUGACUUGUGAUGGUCCAAGCA